UGCGCCUGCGCUAGCGGAAACCCGCUUUAUACAAAACAAACUGAUUUUGCCAAGUUUUAUCGAAGUGUGUGACUUUGUUGACACGUAUAAUGUCAAUAUCAGUGACCAUGACAUACUCUAGACUAUCAUAGCAGUCAUACUGUGUAUGUCUCAACUCAUGAUCAAACAUGGAUACGAUGAAUUCUUCGUUUACAACUGUGCCCGCAGCGAGCAUGAUGCCAGGCCACGGGACCUCGUCAAAUUCGUCUGCAUCAACGACCGGAAUAAACAACAGUGCCAUGGAUGAGUGUUCUAAUCUUUCUGCUGCAAGUUUAAGACAGAGUAGCAGAGAGUUUUCUGAACAGAUAAGAAGACUGGAACUUGAAGGAAAUAAGCUACGAGAAGUGACAUUAGCCAGUUUAUCAGGAAAUUUGAGUAUGGACGCAACAGAUACAAGUUUCGAGACGGUCAAGUCUGUAGUUCCUCCUGCAUCCCUUGCAUCCCUUGUCGACAUCUCAUCGGAACAGAAGACCAUCUCAGACCUCAGGGUGCAGCUGGAGCAGCAACGGAAGGAGACUGACCGGUUGCAGUCACAGCUGCUAACGGACCUCCCUCCCAGCCACAGCUUCACCAGUGUUCCGUCCAGCCCCUCCAAGUCAGCCUUUUCCACACUGCCACAAACACCGGAACUCUCCACCUCCAGGAACAGAGCCUUCGAGUUUGUUCCACCGUCUCAUCUAGAACGCGCUCUGAAGGAGUCCCAGGAACAAGUGUCUGACCUGAGGAAGAGGCUGCAGGAGGGUAGUGACAUGACUGAAAGCCAAAAACGCCAGUUCCGUGUCAACAUCGAGGAGCUGAAGUCCAAACUCCAUGAGACGAUUGUGAACCGAGACACAAUACUGGAACUCAGACAGAAGGAGGCAGCGAGCCAAGAGGGUGUCAUCGCCAAGCUCAAGUCCUCUCUCCAGCAACAGCAUGAACGCAACAAGCAGCAGGAGGCCUCCCUCUCGGAUGCCAAGAAGAAGCUGGAGGCUGUCACCCACACCAGCAACAUCGCCGACACUGCCAUCACUCAGAUCCAGACACUACUGGCUGAGAGGGAGAAGUGUCGGGGCAAGCCGUUCUUUGAGUCCAACUUCGUGUCCAGCCAGGGCCCGGCCAUGUUGAUCCACACCCUGGAGAGAUGUCUGCAGGACCUGGAUACGGAGCUGGAUACAAAACGGAGCAAGGUUAUUGAGCUCCAGCAGGACCUGGAUAGAGCUCAGUCAGUGUCUUCCCAGAAAGUACAAACUCUUGCCAAAGACUAUCAUGAGAAUUUGCAAAGAGAAUCAGAAGAUGCUUUAAAAAGAGUGGCCCAGAUGACAUCAGAGCAUGAGCUGCAGCUUGAGGCCGCCAAUGAGAGAGCCACCAACGCCCGCAAACAGGCCGCAUCCCUGCAGAACCAGCUCCAAGUACUUCAGAGCCAGUAUGACCAGCAGAUGAAGCUGAAGGACGACCUCAUCACGGACCUCGAGACCAAGGUACAGCGGCUGAAGGAGGACCAGUCUGAUGACCGGAGCAAGUGGCAGGAGAGGAGAGACGCCCUGGAGCACAGCCUGGACAAAGUGCAGAGAGACCUCAGUGUGAUGAGAGCUGACCGAGAGGAGACCGGCAGGAAAUGUGGUGCCAUGGAAACGCAUAUACACGACUUCCAGGUAGGGUGUGUGUCGAGGCUGGAGGCAGAGCUGGAGAUGGAGCGUGUCCGCAUCAAGAAGCAGCUGGAGCGUGAGGAGGAGCUGAGGAGCAAGCUGCUACUGACGGAGAACUCGCUGACCGGCAGGCAGCAGGACGUGGACAGGCUGGAGAAGAUGCUGGACGUGGUCAAGCAGGAGUGUUCCACACAGCUGCAGGACCGGGUAUCAACUGCGGAGAAGACUGAACGAGAUCGCAGCAAUGACCACAUCCGGAGCCUGAUGGCCCAGCUGACCAGUCAGACAGAGAAGUGCAGCAAGGUCACUGUGGAACUUGAGGUGGCCAAGUCCGAGAUGGCCAACUUCAAGGAGCAGGUGAAGGAACUCACCGAGAAACUAGAGUCUGCUCGCAUCCAGCUCGAGGCUGCCAUGAGUGAAAAGAGGCAUCUGUCUGAACUAGUCAGUGAUCGGAAGGGAGAUGUUGAGCGAGUGUCAAAAGAAAAAGACUACUAUUUCAGCCUCCUUGAACAGAAGAAUGAGGAGCUUUCACAGCUGAAGGCUACCAAAGAGAAACUUUUAAUGCAAGUGGACGAGAAGGAGAGAAAUGUUUUGGCUCUGAAGCAGCAGUCAGACAACAUAUCUCAGCUUGUGGAAGCCAAUUCUAAGACUAGUGAAAAUAUUCGUGAGGAGAAAGAGAGGAUUAUAUAUUUGUUAAAUGAAAAGUCGGCGGCAGUUGAUGAAUUGAGGACGGGGCAGGACAGCUUGGGGAAGAAAUUGCGGUUGAGGGAAAAACGUGUUCGAGAUUUGGAGGAGGAGAGGAUGAGGCUGACGGAGGACUUGGCUCUCAAGGUGCAGGAGAUGGACAUUAUGCAUCAGGAGAAGGACAACCUGUUCAAGGAGCUGAAGGACAGCCGGCUGGAGGUUGCCAAUAUAACUCAGACUAAAGACAUGAUUAAGAAGGAGCUGUCGAAACUGAGGUCAAGUUAUGAGAAGGAAAUAAGUAAACUGCAAUCCAAGUUAAAAGGUGCAGAACAUGACGUGAAGUUAGCCCAGAAGACUCUGAGAAGCAAGGACUCGGUCGACAAUAAAGCUGUGAGGUAUGCCGACAAGAUGCAGAAGGAGAUGACCAACAAGCGAGGUGAACUGGAUUCAUUAUUGUCAAAAGUCAGGAAGUUUGAAGACAAGCUGGAAACAUUAGCUAAGGAGAAGCUGCUGGUGGAGAAGGACAAGGACAGUCUGAAGAAGUCCCUCAGCAAGUCGCUGCUACACACCCAGGAGCUGACGGUGCAGCUGGAGACCAGUGCUGCCAAGAACCAUGACCUUCGGGAGCGCCUGGCUCUUAUGGAGGCUGAGCUGGAGAAGUCUGGUCUAAAGACGGCAACGGCGCAGGCCAAGAUGGAGCAGUUUGAACAAGACAUUGCCCGACUGAAGCUCAACCACCAGCUGGACCUCAAGGAGGCAGAGCAGGUAAUGAGUGGAAAGACCCCCUACUCUGGCAUGCCACCCACAGGUCAACCCAGCAGAACCAACAGCCCUGUGUCCCGGCAGGGUAAGGAGUCCGGGGGAUUCACCUACCUCAACAAGCCACGGAGCAGCACCACUCCUGUACCCCGGCAGGGUAGGGACUCCGUGGGAUUCACCCACCCCCACAAGCAAGGGAGCAGUGUUCCACCACAGGAACACAAGAAUCCCCAGGAACCAAGGGAGAACUAUGCAGUCGUCGGCCAGGAGCUGAAGGAUCUGCUGACGGAGAUGAGGUCACUGAUUGCCGGGCAAAGGGAGGUGACUCACAAGUCCAACCUGCGUCCUUCAGUGUACCAUUCCUCACCUGUACCAGCCAGAGAUAGAAGGUCUAAGGACUCUGGGUCAUCUCCUGACCUGGACUCCCUGUCUGACUCCGAGAUCGAACCAACCUGGCUGAGGGCAAGGGCAAGGGCAAGGUCGCAUAUAGACUUUUCAGGUGUAUCAUCUGUGAGAGAAGUCAACUCAGCCCCACAAACUCCUCAGCGUCGUCAUCGCAGAAGUUGCUCCGCAGAUCUCAGCAGUUCUCGGAAUAAACCUCGACAAGACAGUCGGUAUGAGUCCAGCCAUAUGUCUGUGGCCAGCUCCCCGGGGCGGUCAGCGUACUCCGGAUCUCCCUACAGGAGCAGAGAUGGCGCUGUCUCCUCCUGCACCUGUCCUCCAUCCUUCCCCGGGGAUGCCAUGCCUCUACUUACCUCCCUCUGUACCCCGCCCCGCUCACUCCACCCUUCUCAAACACACCCUGCCACUCACCUCGUUGUCUCACCUGUAGACAGCACACCUGUGUCACCCUCAUCUAACCCAGAUAAAGACAUGGACAUCAACAGCUUUGAUCCAGCGUCCAUGUCCUCCCUUACCCCCGACACACAGGUGCUGUGCAAGAGACUGGAGGAGAAGAUCGAGAACCUCACCAAGAUGGGGGGCAACCUACAGCGUGAGAACAGAGAAAUGGCCAACUUGAUGACAAUGCAUGGGAGGAAGAUAGAUUCAGUGCGGGAACAUGAGCGCAAGCUGCGGAAGAGUCCCAGAUAGCCUCCCUGUCUUCCAGAUCCGUCCGCCACCAAACAUGUCUGUGAUACCUUGUACAGUGAAGCAGAGGAACACCCUGUCCUCCGCAUCUUAUCAUCAUUGUAUUUAGUAUGACUGUAUUUUUAUCCAAAUUGUAUCAGAACUUUUUUGAGGAUGAUACCUUUCACAUGCGUUUUCAAUCCCUGCUGUGACGAUUCCGUGAGGACAUGCUCCAGUCAUUGAUACAUGUAAUCAUGGUAAUACAUCUUCCAGUGUCAUUGUUCAAAGGUGUACAAGUCUUAUGUGUGAAAAGUAUAUUGUUAAUAUUAUAUUAUUGUGAAUAUACUGUUGAAUGACAGACCCCGUAUGUUUGAAGACAUAGCAAAAAUUCCUGAACAACUUUCCAAGAGACGGUAAUUUUAUUUUCAAAUUGAAAAUUGUAUGGUUCCUGAAAAAUUGUAGUGAAAUGGACAUGUGAAAGUUGUCUAUGAGAACAGCCAGCAGGGAUCAGAUUGAUGCUGUUACAUUGUCUCUUCUGUACAUCAGAUGAAUGAAAGGUACUUUGUAAUAUAGAAUAGUGUUACACUGCCAUACACAGGAAUUGAAAUUAAGUCUGCUGGUACAAGACUUGUACAAUUCUGGAAGGACUAGUGACAUGUCCUUGUGGAUGACCACUUUUACCAUUAUUUAGAUGGCAACGUUGUGGAGAUCCUUUUUGCAGACUUGUGACACUAUAAACCAACUCUAACCCUGAAACACACAGGACAAGCACCAGGAAGUAACUCGGUAGGCAGUGCUAGGUGUAAUUUCAGUCUUUUCUAAAGUUCAUGAACUCCUUUAUUCCAAUGUAGAGCACUGAACUCAACCCAGAAAUCAACAAUGCUUAUAACAGCAAACUGAACUCCAUAUCUAUCAACAACUAUUGCGAAAUGUUUUAAAGGUUUGGAAAGUAUUGAAAGUCUGAUCAUGUUACCACAGCAGUACAUUACUAAAAGGCCAAUAUGAUAUCUAAUUUCCUGUGGAGACAAGAUAAGCUGCACUGAAAGGAUAGAUUUCCUUGUCAUGUGAUCACCACUGAUGUAGUCAUCACUGUACACACGUCACAUGGCCUGUAUCAGCGGUACUUGUGUGUCUCAAUAUGGCCAGUGACAGUCAUCACUGUACACACGUCACAUGGCCUGUAUCAGCGGUACUUGUGUGUCUCAAUAUGGCCAGUGACAGUCAUCACUGUACACACGUCACAUGGCCUGUAUCAGCAGUACUUGUGUGUCUCAAUAUGGCCAGUGACAGUCAUCACUGUACACACGUCACAUGGCCUGUAUCAGCGGUACUUGUGUGUCUCAAUAUGGCCAGUGACAGUCAUCACUGUACACACGUCACAUGGCCUGUAUCAGCGGUACUUGUGUGUCUCAAUAUGGCCAGUGACAGUCAUCACUGUACACACGUCACAUGGCCUGUAUCAGCGGUACUUGUGUGUCUCAAUAUGGCCAGUGACAGUCAUCAUCAGUAGCAGAGAUGGAAUCUGUCUCAGGAUAAUGGUGUCACUUUAGGAAGGUGCUCCUUGCAUACCUAGAAACCUCAGACGACCAAGUGAUCGAUGAUAUGUAAUGGUCGAUUGAAGAUGUCUGUGACUGAUUCUGGAGAAUUAUGAUAUUAUCAUAUGUUAUGUGAACGUUGGUGUUUUGUUUGUGUGACGCUGUGAUACAUUACCAGUAAACAUAAGGCUGCAACCGUCAUGUCUGUGUGAAUAGCUGGGGUCUGUCUGCCCUGAAGUCUGGUGAAUGAAAGGAUCAAGUGUUAGGAGGUAUGCCAGUACGUACAGUCACCUUGGAAGCAGAUCUUUUCUGACAAUCAGUUCUGCAAGGACCCAUUUUUUGUUUAUGACACUUUACUCAGUGAGGGUAUGACAGACAGAUCUAUGCCGGUUUCUUGCAUCGUAGGAUACAGGAUGCCAUAUUUUAACAUUUUUUUAAUGAUGUUCAAAACGACAUAUUUCAUUUUCCCAAGGCAAGGGAGUUAACUGACUAUAAAAGUCAAAUUCCCACCCUUGCCGAACUAGGUUGGAACUAGUUCGGAAUUUCGGUGUUACAGUUCGGCUGGACAAAGAGUCUAUGCAUAGACCAAACAAAAUUGGAUUUCAGCCUGCAGAUUUCUGUUGACUUCAUUAUUGGCAAAGCGUGUGCACUGUCAACUGGGCGUUGAAAGAUAUUUUCCAGAUCUUUUCAUGUUGUAAUCAAGGUGCUCAAAUGAUUUGGUGCACUUCACAGGGUAAGACACGUUUCAUUACAACACAGAUCUUGAUUAUAGAUCAGAUCAUAUUGACAGGGCACAUAUUUUUGUACAAGUGAUGCGAGAGGUGGAAUCUGAUUGGUUAAUAGGAGGGACAUUACACAUAAUAGUCACUGGUGGCAACUGGACUUUUGUAGUCAUUUAACACCCUUGCCUCGGGUAGAUGAAAUAUUUUUGUUCAUGGGUGGGUGGGGGACAUUUACAUUAUUGAUACACUGAGGGAUAAAUAUUGAUACAGUAAUACAAGAAGUGGUAUUAUGCACAUGAAAAAAAAGUUGAUAAAAGUAUGCUUCACAAACUUGUGAAAUAGAAGUACUCAUUCCUACAAUAUUUUUGUACAGAGAUUUCUCUCUAGAGAAAGUUGCAUGGAUUAGUAUGUAUUUAUUCUAUAUGGUUUAUACAAUAUCUCGUAUUUGUAUUUAUUUUAUCAUCUUUGUACAGUGUCAGCAUUAAAGCAUAUACUGAAAUGA